AUGCCUCACAAAAAACAAAAAAUGGAACUUCAAGAAACGUUGUGUACUAAAAUAAUGGAAAUAUUUACGGAAUCUCAGCACACUGCAGCCACACACCAAAAAUUUGUGGUUAUUAUGAAAAAGCUUCUAGGCAAAACAAACGAUGAUAUAUUCUUUGAGGCAAUGUUAGAACCUAUGCAAAAAGUAUUAUGCACUGAGUUUAAACAGAAAAAUGAGUUUGUUGAUAGAGUGGCUGAAUUUAUAGCAUUGUUUUGCUCAACAUUAAAACCUGACCUGAAAGAAGAUUCUGAUGAUGACAUUGAUGAUUGCGAAGAACAUCCACUUUUAACCAAAAUAAUAGAUUAUCUUUUAUUGGCACAAAAAAAUGUUUUGGAUAAAGUGAGGUUUAGAGCUUGUCAGUUGAUAAUUAAAAUAUUAAAUCAUUUAGUUGGGGUUGAAGUUAGCAGUGAAUUUUGUAACAAGCUUGAAGAAAAUUUGUUGGAGAGAUUAAGAGAUCCUAAAAGUGUAAUAAGAAUGCAAGCUGUAAUAUCGUUACAUAGGUUGCAAGAUCCAACAAAUCCAGAUGAUAGGAUUAUUAAUGAAUUUAAUCAUUUACUUAAAAGUGAUCAUUUUUCAAAAGUGAGACAGUUGUGUGUGGAAAAAAUUGCCAUAAAAAGAGAAACAGUGCCACAAAUUGUCAGCAGAAUCAGAGAUGUUGAUGCAAAUGUCAGAUUGGCAGCUUUUAAAAGGCUUUCAAAAAUCCCUGAUGUUAUUAAGAUUGCAGACAGAAGAAUGAUAAUCCACACGGGAUUUAUAGACUCUUCAGAGAAAAUUGUGGAUUACAUAAAGAGCACUUUUAUACCAUUGUGGCUGGAACAUUAUCAAAAUAAUAUUAUAGACCUUAUGAAAAGUAUAAGGUUGGAUGCAGAUGAAAGGGACAUAGAAGAAACUACAAGAUUAGUUGAACUAGUUUUACCAACAUUCUUCAAGGAUAGGCCUUUGUCUGAACUUACUAAAGUCCUUCCAUUAAAUAAUGAUAAACUUAUUCCCUUAGAGCAAUUGGACUGGGAGACAAUAAAUUAUUGGAGAAUUUAUGUGCAAUUUUUGAAUAGUCGCGAAGAAUUUGAAGUUGAAUUAGGUUUAGUUUUACCUGAAUUAGUUUAUUUUAGUAAAUAUAUCUUAAAUUACUAUGAAAGGUGUCCGGCAGACUUAACAUCCCAUGAAUUUCUGCUGCAGCAAUUUAUUUUGAAACAAAUGUUUUUAAUGACAAAAGGCUACGAUUACGCAGAUCCUUCCAGUAGGAAGGCUUUAAAUGACCUGAUUUUUAAGAUUCUGGAGAAAGCCACACUAACCACAGAGUUGGUUGAAAUCAUAGUUAGUAAUUUGGAAAACUCAAUACCAAACACUGAAAAAAGAUCACUGUUUGUGACUGAAAUUAUUGCAGAAAUUAUUUCACCCAUGAAUCCUGAACAAUCAUACCAAGAUGAUAUGGAAAGAAAUUAUAAGAUUUCCAACUUAAAAGUCCAACUUCACAACCUAUCAGACCUUCAGAAGGAUGCCAUAGAAAGCCAAAAUUUCUCGAAAGCUGGCGAGCUGAAGUUGACCAUCGAUGAGUUGCAAGCGCAGCUGGUGCAAAUGCAAAAUGAUACGAAAGACAGCGGCGAGGUGGUGGAAAAGCGCUCCGACCCGCCCACCAUCGCUAAAUACUUGGACAUCGCAGCCGGCCUGCUCCUGUCCACGCAGAUCACGCAGAUGACGCCUGCGCUACAAUCGUUGCAGAACGAUGUCAUACAGGAAAUGUUGAUGCACAAGAACGACGCGAUCAAAGCGAAGGCGCUGCGUUGCUACGCGUUGUCUUGCACGAUCGACAGGGAUAGCGCCAAGAAUGGCAUUCACAUUUUUUCCACGCCGAUAUUUGCAUACCAACAAGGCGAAGAAUGCGACACGCUGAUUCUGAUGGUGUGCAUCGGCGCAGUAGUCGAUUUGAUUCGGAUUUACGGUUCAAAAUUGAUAGCGGAACCGCAGGAGGAAAUUUUGUCCGAAAGCACGGACGAAGAACACGUUCGGAUUUUCUCGGGCGGAACGUCUCUGACCGAUCUAAUACAAGGCUUGGUGGACCUUAUGGACGACGAGAAUGUGGAAAUUCAACUGAUGGCUGGCAGGGCGCUAUGCAGUUUAAUAUUAAGCGAAAGAGUUCAGUCUGCAUCACUAAUUUCUAGGCUUAUUCUAAAAUGGUGUAGUCCUGCCUCAGACGAAGAUGAACCCGGUCUUGAAACUUUGAAGCAGUUGAUUGGCUUCACACUGCAACAAAUCCCUUCGGUGGUUGACAACGCGGAUCAGCUAGAGGGCGCUGUACUGUUAACAGUCAAGGCUUUAUCGCAUGCGCCUAGAGUUAGUCCAUUGGCCGACGUUAAUAUUGAAAAUAUUGUUAAGUUUAUGUUGGCACUAUGUAGGACUACACAGCAAAACGAACAAAUCCAAAGGAAUUUAGCGAGAAAAAUAUGCUGCGAAAUGUUAGACAAGCCUAAAAGCAAAAUGACUAUAAUUUAUUCAAAAAUUCUUUGUUUCUUGGAUUUGCCGCAAGAAGAGUCUGGAUUUUUGGAAUUAUUAAAAUUAAGUGAAGAAAUCAGAGAUGAACUUCAAGACAAAACCUCCAUAGCAAAUAUUACCAAGUUCAUGGCACAGCUUACAAAAAAAAGAAUAGAAGUAUCUUCUUUGCAAGAAAGUAAUAAUAGUGAACCUGCUGUAGAAGCAAGUACAAAUAGACAAAAUAGUAUAGAAACUAUAACUGAAGUAGAUGAAGAAAUGGAACAUGCCCCGAUUGAAGCAAUAUCUCAAGAUGUUUAA